AUGCUAAACGAAACAUUGGAUACGGUUGCCACCACUUCAUUGGCCAAUGAUGUAACUCCAAAACAAGUAGAGCCACCAAUCGUGGAAGAAAAGAUCCCCAUCAUUGAAAUACCCAAGCCAACAUCAACAGAACAAUUAGAACAACUUUUAUACCGUUACCGUGCAAUUCUUAAUUUUCCAAAAGAGAAUCAAGUUGAAAUAAAAGCUAUUGAAGCUGUAUUUCAUAAGAUAUCAAGGGAUCAAGAUGAAUAUAAUGAGAAAUUAUUAUCUUUAAGAAACGAGAAGAAAAAUGAUAUGAAAUAUGAAGGAACAUUAUUGGAAAAUCAACUUCUAGCUUUACAAUUACUAGAAAAGGAUAUGGAUGUUCCGGCUGCAUUAUUAAACUCAUUGGAUUUGGAAGAUGAAAUUAUAGAAGAAAAACCAAAUCACAUAGUUAAAUCUAUUAAAGUUUCUCUUGAUUUUGAUGAAAAUAUCAAAUCUUUUGGAUUAGAUGGCAAAUUCACAAAUGCUCCACCCACUAUUUUAUCAACCCCAGAAAUUGAAGAUGGUAUUUCAAAAAGAAUCGCACAAAGAAUCAACGAUUUAGAAAGAUUACCUGCAAAUUUAGGUACUUAUUCUCUAGAGGAUUCUUUGGAAUUUCUAACUAAAGAUGACAUUCCUUCAAGAAUUGAUUAUUUAAAAUUAAAGGCAUUAAUAGAAUUAAAAAGUAUUAAAAUUUUAACUAAACAAAAACAAUUAAGACAAAAAUUAAUCACAAAUAUUACUAGUCAGGCUCAUCACCUUGUUCCAUACCAACGUGAUUCUCCUUAUACAAUGGCGGCUCAAAGAUCUGUUCAAGUACGACCAAAAGUAAUUGUUCCUCAAACAGUUCGUUUGGCAGAAGAAUUAGAAAGACAACAACUUUUCCAAAAACGUAAGAGAGAAAGAAAUUUACAUUUGAAGAAAGUUACUGCCAUUAUUGAAAAUGUUCAAGAAAGACAAAAUGAAUUUUGGUCACGCCGUGAUCGUUGUUCUCAGUUUGGUAAGAUUAUGCAUAGUGUCCAUUCUCAAAUUGAAAAAGAUGAACAAAAACGUGUCGAAAGAACUGCUAAGCAACGUUUAGCUGCUUUGAAAUCGAAUGAUGAAGAAGCCUAUUUGAAAUUAUUGGAUCAAACCAAAGAUACAAGAAUUACUCAAUUGUUAAAGCAAACUAACACAUUUUUAGAUUCUUUAGCUCAAGCUGUUAGAGUACAACAAAAUGAAGCCAAAUUAUUAAAAGGUGAAGAAAUUACUCCAAUAACAGAUGAAGAAAGAGAAAAAAUCGAUUAUUAUGAAGUUGCUCAUCAAGUUAAAGAAAAAAUUGAAAAACAACCUUCAAUUUUAGUCGGUGGUACGCUAAAGGAAUAUCAGCUUCGUGGGUUGGAAUGGAUGGUAUCAUUAUAUAACAAUAGCUUAAAUGGUAUCCUAGCAGAUGAAAUGGGGUUAGGUAAAACUAUUCAAUCUAUCUCGUUAAUUACUCAUCUUUUUGAAGUAAAGAAAGAUCCUGGCCCAUUUUUAGUUAUAGUUCCAUUAUCCACAAUUACUAAUUGGACAUUAGAAUUUGAAAAAUGGGCACCAAGCUUAAGAACUAUUAUUUAUAAGGGAACUCCAAAUCAAAGACGUUCUUUACAGCCUCAUAUCAGGACUGGUGAUUUUGAUGUAUUAUUAACUACUUAUGAAUAUAUUAUUAAAGAUCGUGCAUUAUUAGCUAAACAUGAUUGGGCACAUAUGAUUAUUGAUGAAGGUCAUAGAAUGAAGAAUGCUCAAUCUAAAUUAUCAUAUACUAUUACUCAUUAUUAUCGUACAAGAAAUAGAUUAAUUUUAACAGGUACACCAUUACAAAACAAUUUACCUGAAUUAUGGGCAUUAUUAAAUUUUGUAUUACCUAAGAUUUUCAAUUCUGCUAAGACAUUUGAUGAAUGGUUUAAUACACCAUUUGCUAAUACAGGUGGACAAGAAAAAUUGGAAUUAACAGAAGAAGAAACGUUAUUGAUUAUUAGAAGAUUGCAUAAAGUGUUAAGACCAUUCUUAUUACGUCGUUUAAAGAAAGAAGUGGAAAAAGAUUUACCUGAUAAGGUGGAAAAAGUGAUUAAAUGUAAAUUAUCUGGAUUACAACAACAGCUAUAUGAACAAAUGUUAAAGCACAAUGCAUUAUUUGUUGGUGCAGGUACAGAAGGUGCUACUAAAGGUGGUAUUAAAGGUUUGAAUAAUAAGAUUAUGCAAUUGAGAAAGAUUUGUAAUCAUCCAUUUGUAUUUGAUGAAGUAGAAAGUGUUAUUAAUCCAUCAAAGACUAAUAAUAAUUUAUUAUUUAGAGUCUCUGGUAAAUUUGAAUUAUUAGAUAGGGUAUUACCUAAAUUAAAGGCUUCGGGGCAUCGUGUUUUGAUGUUUUUCCAAAUGACUCAAGUUAUGGAUAUUAUGGAAGAUUUCUUAAGAAUGAAACAAUUACAAUAUAUGAGAUUAGACGGUAGUACUAAAGCCGAGGAAAGAACCGAAAUGUUGAAUGAUUUCAAUGCUCCAAAUUCUGAAUACUUCUGUUUCUUAUUGUCUACAAGAGCUGGUGGGUUAGGUUUAAAUUUACAAACUGCUGAUACAGUUAUUAUCUUUGAUACAGAUUGGAAUCCACAUCAAGAUUUGCAAGCUCAAGAUCGUGCACAUAGAAUUGGUCAAAAAAAUGAAGUUCGUAUCUUGAGAUUAAUCACAACUGAUUCUGUGGAAGAAGUUAUUUUAGAGAGAGCUAUGCAAAAAUUAGAUAUUGAUGGUAAAGUUAUUCAAGCUGGUAAGUUCGAUAAUAAAUCUACAGCUGAUGAACAAGAAGCAUUUUUAAGAAGACUAUUAGAGAAUGAUAGUAAUAGAGAUGAUGAUGAUAAAGCAGAAAUGGAUGAUGAAGAAUUGAAUGAAGUAUUAGCUCGUGGUGAUGAUGAGAAAGUACUAUUUGAUAAGAUGGAUAAAGAAAGAAUUGACAAAGAAAUUUUAGAAGCCAAGAAGUUGGGAUUAAAAGAACGUAUGCCUCGAUUAAUUGAAUUGGAUGAAUUACCUAGUGUCUUUAAAGAAAAUAUUGAAGAUCAUCUUGUUCAAGAACCGGUUGCCAUUGGACGAAUUAGAGAAAGGAAAAGAGUUUAUUACGAUGAUGGGUUAACUGAAGAUCAAUUUUUAAGAGCCGUGGAAGAUGAGAACCAUACAUUGGAAGAAGCUAUUGCUAGAAAACGUCAGAGAAGAAACAGACAAAACGGGGGAGAAAAUGGUGAGAUUGGUACAUUGGAGAAUACUCCAGUACCUGAAGGUGAAGACGAAGAUGAAGAAGAUGAAGAAGCACAAGAAGAAGAAGAAGAAGAAGAAGAAGAAGAAGAAGAAGAAGAAUAUGUAGAAGUUGAGAAUCGUACACCUGAAAAGAAACGUCGUGGUAGAAGGAAAGGUAAGGCCACCGCCAGUAGCAAUAGUAGUAAUGGUGAUGGUAGUGACGAACAAUUGAAGAAUGACAUUGUCAAAUUAAAAGUCAAUAUCAACAUGAAAAUGAAUAUGAGUGACAGCAAUAGCCAUAGCCAUGGUAGUACUACUAACGAGGAGGUGAACGAUAUGGAUGAGAAUGAGAGUAUUUCAUCUACCAAUGGACAAGGGGAUGCAGAAGCGGAGACCGAGGGAGCAAUUGUAGAGGAGAAUAAGAAAACGAAACCUAAAUUCAAAGUGAAGUUGACCUUAAAGAAACAUACAGCUGCACCUGCACAAGACUCGAAAGGUAAUGAUAAUGAUAAUACGACUACGACUACGACUGCCACUACCACUGACACUGCCACUACCACUACCACUACCACUACCGCUACUACUGCGCCUGUAGUGAAGAAAGCUAAGAGAGGUAGACCAAAGAGGAAAUUAGAACCCAAACUGGAAGAAGUGGAAAAUGCGACGACAACGACAACUACAACGACAGAACAACCGGCACUGAAAAAAUCACGUAAGAACCGCGGGAUGACUAAAAAAAAUGAUGUUCAAAUAGCAGAAGAAGAAUUAAAGAACGAGUGUGUGGAACUACUGAACUCGAUGGGUGAAGUGGUCGAUGAAGAAGACCAACACGAAUGUAUAGGGAUAUUUAUGAAAUUACCAUCCAAGAAAGAAUAUCCUGAUUAUUACAAGAUUAUUAAGACCCCUGUCAGCAUCGAUCUUUUAAAGAAGAAGGCCAGGAAAAACGAAUACAAGAGUUUGAAAGAAUUGCAAGACGAUUUACAAGUUAUGUAUGAUAACGCCAGGUUUUAUAACGAGGAAGGAUCUUGGGUGUAUAACGAUGCAAACAGAUUACAAGCCUUUACUGAUAAAUGGUUUCAAAAUAGAAAUGAUCUGAAACAUUCAUAA